AUGCCGCUCCCCGCGUGGACGGCAACGGCCGAGGGGCUCCGACGAGCCCGGGAGGAGGGGAGGGGGCCAGGGCACGGCAUCCUCGGCUGCCGAAUUCACCCCGCGGGGCAGAUGGAGGUGGCAUCGCAGAGGACCGACGCCAAGGCGGGAGGGCGGUUGUGCCGUUGCCCCUUCGAGCUGGUCCUUCCAAACCCGGACACGUUUCCAACGGGUUCCCUGGGACUUUUGGAGUUAGCGGAGGCGUCCGCCGGCGACAGCAGCCUCCGGAGCCCAGCGAGGGCUGAGGUUUGCCGGGUCCAUCUGGCUCCGAAGAUGCCCGAGCGGAGCCAUCGGCGGUUUGGCCACCAGCACGCAGGAGGCGCAGGCGUCGGUGCCGGGGCAGACUGGUUCCUUCUGGACAGCCGGACGGUUCGCCACGCUGCCAUCGGCUUGUUCUGCUGCGGGGUCUCAGUCUACCUAACAGCUCUCGCCAUCUACAUGCUGCUGCUGUUUGAACUGGAGGCCGGCAUCGCCAGCGCCUGUAUCCUCUCCUCCGGCAUCAUCGUCCUGCUCAUCACGGUGACGCACGCCCUGGUACGGGCUUCCCAGGUUUCGCGCCGCAGCCGCUCCGAGGUCUCUCACACCCUCUACGAGAACGACUCUGCCCAGCACGGCGAAUCCUCCACCAGCGAUCUCAACAACAAGAACGCAGCCGCGUCCCGGCCCCGGCCUGAAAUCCAUCGGGAAUUUUCCUUCCCUCCUUUCCUGGAGCGCAAAUCUCAGCUGGGCUCUCCAGCCAGCAGGAACCUCACCUCCUCGGGCAGCCCCGGGCUUCGCUCCGAGAAGGAGAGCUACAACCUGCCCCGAACGCACAGGACGCUGUCGGCAGAGUCGGGGCUGCUGCAGGCACAGGGCAAACCCUGGAACGGCGUCACAGAGGAGAUGAGGAACGUGCUGUCACGCAAACCCGGAGCCUCGGGCAAGGACUCGACCCUGGUGUGA